AUGAAGGUCGUUCUGACGUCAGAGUCGGAUGUCCGCACCGGUAAGCCGCGGCAAGUUGUGAUUUCCAACCGCCACGUUCGUCGUCGUCCACUGUCGUUACUGCAUUACUAUGGCAUCUUUUAUUCAGCUAUUUCGCGCCAUUUGGGCGUUUAUUGUGUCGGUUUUUUCUCCUUCUAUGGAUAAGCAACCGAUACUUCCUACCCACAUCGCUACCACACCGGUCGAACCCAAAGUCCAGCCUCCCAGUCGGCAACGAUCAUUGCUACAUCCUAUUCAUGCACAACCUCUGCCGCAAAAAGUCGAAAAUUUCACCCAAGAAACGGAUCCAAGCGCAACAACACUUCCUGAGAAGCAGAAAAGUACCACGCCUGUGUCAGGAAAGACUGGGAAGACACACUCUCGUGCUCGUCAUGAACCUCGCUCGCCACCGCCAGAGAUAUGUAUUCAGGAUUGGAGUACCGUUGGGAUCAACAUGGCUGACUUGUACAUCCCGACGUUGUCUACCAUUCCACCUCCUCCGGGUUCUGGCGCUGCUGCUUCGUCGAAUUCACCGCAAAUCCCUUGCAGAACUUCAUCAACACCGCCUUCACCCGCUGCACCCUCCUCGAACACUGUAGUGACAUCCUCGACUGCUCCUUCACAACUGCCUCCUACAGAGUGUUCCGACAAUGGCCCCCCUCUUCCGUCUGUAGUUGCUAAGAACUCUGAACUACCAUCGCCUAACUCACCUUCGUCGAUUUUGUCACCAAGCAACUUGUCGUCCUCCGGAUUGCCCUUCAACAAUAGCGAAAAUAGCGCUGACGGCCCGAAAUCAAGCGUUGCUACGGAAAACACCAAAGAAAAUAUCACAAUCAAGUCUGAAGAGCCUUCCGUACAAACACGUUCUGUUUCUUCUCUUGCUGGUCUCUCCAAAGCUCUCCCUCUUACCGCAUAUGCGACUAGCGCUGUUUCCGCAAUGUCUAGUUACUUUUGGGAUCCUAGUCUAGCGAAAACUGAUGAAACGCACAAUAUGCCGUUGCCUCUCUACUCAAGUAGCCCGCCACGCCGUCGAUGUCUUUCGCACGACGCCUCGGAUUCCCCGCAGCACCUCAGUCUCCUUCCUUAUCCAGAUCUAUUCGACUUUGGCAUGUACAGCUCUGAGUUCCCUUCAAAUGAUAGUCUCUGCAGCGUCAGUAUGAACAGUACAAGGAAGCCCUUGCGAAGAUCAGACUUCAGUGGAAAAUCUUUUUCCAAACAGUCUCCUCAGCGAGAUUCGUAUCGAAGUGCUGCGUUCUCACGAACGUUGUCUGGUCCUCGACACGGCCCCUUUACGUUAAGGAAGUCAGUGGUGCUGAUGCAGGCAAUCAAACAGCAAGAAGCGCAACCCAACGCCAGUUUCGGGUCUAGUACCGGCAAAGAAAUCACGCAUGACUUUGAUGUAUCCAUGGACAGCAGUACGGAGGACAGACUACAGGAAGCUUGCGCGGACCUCUCCCGUGGGGAAUGGACACAGGAGGAGUUCUUGAAGAUGUUAACAGAGGUUUGACUCGAAGAGGACAUCUUGCAGGGUUGUAUAUUUCUGGUACUACCGGUGUAUUCUAUCGUCUUUCUUUACGCUCAAUGUGCCUCUCUAUACCAUUUCUGGGUAAUACGUCUUGGACUUUUUGAAG